AAGCCUUUCGUAGUUGUGAGAUGGCAACUGCCAAUACAUCAAUUGUCACCAUCCCCCCGGCAAAUAAUAAUCAAUUCUUACUGAGGACCAUAUCCGAUGUUGUUAGAAAAAAUGAAAAACGAAUCCUUCGUGGUGAAUGCAAGCUCUCACUGGAUACGCUAUCAUUAGCCUGUCUGAACCACUUUUUUGCCGUGCACUACGAAGGUCUAGGGACCAGCUCAGCAAGUAAGAAUGGUCUGGAUAAAAAGCAUGUCAAAGAUGUGGAGUUUCUGUUUGAAGUUGUUCAGAAGACCCCCAUUAUGAAGCUUGUUCAUGGUACGAGUACUUUACAAGGAACAGUGGACAUUUCCAAGUUCAACGCCCUCACAGAGCUUGACAUCAAAAAGGUUCCUGUGCACCUGUUGUCUGGAUUAAAGAGCCUGCGACACCAACUGAAGGUGUUAUCAUGCACUCGCUGUAUCAACACAUUACAGGAGGUUUUUGGGAACCAGCGAGGUAAAGACAAUAUUCCUGAACUGUGGCCACAUCUUCAUACUCUAGAUUUAAGCUUUAACCAAAUUGAAACAUUAAGUGAACUAAUGGAAUGUUUUCCAAAUCUUAGGUCCUUGGACCUCAGUCACAACAACUUGAUAUCUGUGGAAGAUUACUUGAAGUGGCUACCAAAACUCAUGUAUCUAAACAUAGGCUACAAUCGUCUGAAGAACAUUCCGAAUCUUGGCGUCCAGGGCAAGCGAUGUUUGAUAUCACUAGCCGUCCGUAACAACAAUCUCGACAACUUGGAUGGGAUUGAGGAGCUUGAUGGUUUGGAGGAGCUAGAGGCAUCCCAUAAUUGUAUCCAUGAUGAGAAGUGGCUUGAGGUUUUUUCUCAACUACAUUACUUGGCCAUGGUGAAUUUACAAGGAAAUCCUGUGAGUUACAAUACAAAUUUUAGAGAAAACAUCAUCAAGAAUAUGUCGCCAAAGGCAACCAUAAGAUGUCCUAUAAUUGAUGAUAAGCCAAUCAGCAAGCAGGAGAAGACACUUGAACGGAAGAAAGUUAGUAAGCGCCCUCUACAAAAAUACCGCCAGUCAGCCAAUUUUAUGGAGAGCUCUUUCGAGAGUAGUAUUGAUCCUUCUAUGCUGGAUAAUUUUCCGUCAAUUAACGAUAGUUCUAGAGGCCCCGCUAAAGAAACAGAGAGCCAGCUAAAGAAAGCAAGGAAGGUACGAACACCUACAAUUAGCAACACUUUUCAAGACCCAUCUAAGAUCAAAGAAAAAGGUCCGCGUCAAAGAGCAGCUACGACAAACUCAGACUUCAGGUCCGAGAUGGAUAAGAUGCGACAACUUCAUGGACCUCAUUGGCUUAUUGCUGUUCAAAACAUAAAAACAGAUGAGUCAUCGACUGAUGAUGGAUCAUCGACCAAAAAAGCUGCUAAUGGCAAGAAAGAUAGAAAGAACAAAAAGAAAAAAGAAGUAGCAAUUAUUGAUAAACCGACAGUACAUGUAGAAGACAAUAGAAUAUGUUUGUCAUCAACUGAAGAGGAGGAGCUGUGUGGUCCACUUCUUGUUCGAGUAGAAGAUCCAAUCAGCGCAGAUUUACAACAUGUUUUCCUGACAGUUCGGGGAACUUUCAUCCAAGAAAAAAACUUAGAUGGUGAACUGAUUGACCAGCUUGACCUUAGAGCCCUGAAAAGCAUAACUCAAGGAAAUGAAACAGUGCUAGAGGAUUCAGGUAAACAUUUGAUCAUCCCAGCAAUCCACCUGACAUUUGAUUACAUGAGGAAGGAUAGACAAAGACGUGACUACCUUAUGGAUGAUGACAAAGACAGCAAGCUUUUGUUAGAAACACUUUCACCGAUGUUAGAGCAGAACCAAUCAAGUGUCAUAAUGAAAGAUCGAAUGCAGUGCCUAAAAUGUUCCAAAGAAUUUAACAAAACAGAUGCCUACAAGGAAGUACAAAAUAGACGCAACGACCAAUCUUUUCUCACAAACGGUGAGCAUCUUGCACUUUCUAUAGAUAUUGAAUCUGUCAGAGAGAUACUGGUGUGCCCUAAAUGUAGAAGUGAUCUUCUGGUUGAGCUGGACACCAUGCAGUGGGAAGACCAACAGCUUCCGGCAUCCACUGGCAACACUCCAUUUGGAUCCCUAACAUCCCUCAACAAUGCACUCCCAUUGGCAGCAUCCUCACCGUGGAAACAGACUGAAACUAAAGAUCAGCCAUAUGUGCGUUCAUUGGGGAGUAGCCCAACCGACUUCCACACCCCAGAUAACUCCCCUGAUAGUUCACCGGUGUCGAGCUUCAUCACAACUAACCACUCUUCCUCUUCUACCAUUACCCAAACUCGCAUUAGUAACUCAACUGCAAUACUGGACGGCGACAGAACAGAUGGCGGCAGUCACAACGAUACCGAUGUCUUGGAAAAGGAUUGCGCCACUCUUGAGCGAGAGUUAAAAGAAGACAUGUCUAGACUCGCCUCUCCUCUUCCGAAGCAGGAACUUCCGGAGUACCCUCAUGAAAAGAUAGAAGCGCUUUUGGAGGUUAAUAAGAAGGAAAAGUUUGAUCAGCACUAUUGUUUAGUACCACAGGACAUCUUAGGCUCGAAUAACAGUAGUCGCAAAAGUUCUAGGACUAGCCUUGUUAUCGAUCCAAGUAAUCGUGAAAAUUUAGUCCUUCCUACAGGUGCUCGUCAAAUGCCAGUAAAUCAUUUGGAAAGACCACGCCACAACGGCCAUUAUAAACAGUCGUUAUUUGGAAGGGAUAGUAUAGAUAGCGAUAUAAUGGUUUUGAACCAUAAUGGAAACGUGGCAGAUGUAGACAAUGAUUCUCCACUAGAAACGUCAAGUAAUUCACAAUCUGGACUUGUAAAAGCCUUAAACAGCGGUCCGGAAAUACGAGUUGGCAAUGGGAAUAUGAACGAUUUUGAAGCCAGCACGUCCUCUGGGAACACUCCGUAUGGAUCCCUAUUAGAUAGUUUCAUAACAGAUAAACAAUUCACCUCCGAUUCCGAAUCGGAAAGCUCUAAAAUUGUACGCCCCAGCGGCUUAACGGUAUCAAACAGAACAAGUCGCGGCCUCGCAAAUUCUAAUCGUUCUCUAGAAGCAACUCCUUUUGGAACACCUCAUAAUUCAAGCCCAGUUUCCGGUGAAAUCGGUGGCUUAUCAGACUAUAUUAGUGCAACAGACUCACAGAUAAACAAUGGUUAUUCAAAUGAUCUUGACGACCCUUCUGAUUAUUUUUCUACGGCAACCAAGGAAGAGCAAGAGAAGGAGGAGAGUGCCAUAGCGGUAGAUGAUCUUGAUCAUAGCUUCACAACGGUAGAUCACAGACUCAAGCUCUACUUUUCCAUGAGUUUGUUCGGAGAUGUUGAAGAGUUUGCUUGUAUGCUAAAAGGUCAAGUCUUUCAACACAACAAGUUAAUAGAAUUUCCUGGUCUUAUGGUAGUCUCAACAACCACAAUAUUUAUUAUGAAAAUCACCAACAAAGAAAGUGAUAAUCCAUCUGAUUGGGUGUUCAAGAAAUCUCAGCAUCCAAUCAAAGAUCUUCGACAUCUACACGUCGGUGUUGGUAGUCAGUGCAUUCAACUGGAGUUUAACACGGAGGUGUCAGUAUACACGAUCCAGAUUAAAGAUAAACUGCGUUGUGAACAAUUUAUACAUUGCUUACUCGAUGUUGUCGAGAAUUGUGCUGAUGCUAAGCGGUUUGCAGGCGUCUCCAGAAAUCAUGCACUAACAUUGUUCAAUGUUCUGGAAACGAUACAUAAAUCUGACGCUAACGAGUCAAUAGAUGAAGACAGUACCUUAAGAACUUACAUCAUAGGAAGUUUAAAAUCAUAUAAAACAAUUAGGAAAGUAUGUCAGGCAGUUGAUACUACCUGCAGCAUCGUUGUCACAAGCAACGAGAUAUGUAUUUUGGAUGAGAAUUACUUUUGGCCAUUGAAUCCAAACAACAGCAUUCCACCAAAGAUGAAACAGUUUACAGUUAAGCAACUUGAACUGAUCAGUAACAUUUCUGGCAUUGUGUUAUUCAAAGACAGUGAGCAAGAUAUCAGUGUAGGAUUCUUCAAUGAGGGUUCCGGUGAGGAAAGUUACUGGCAUUUACAAACAGAAACAAAAUCAUCAUUGAGGGCGCUAAUAUCAGCUUUAGAGGAACCAUGGGAGAAAAUGUUUGGUGUUGAGCUCCAGUGCACCGUGCAUCCUAGUAUUCUAGUGCAGGAGGAUAUGUGAUUCUGUAAUAAGUGAUAAUCAGUUGGAGCCAGUCCAGUAACCAAAGAUAGCACAGAGGCCUUCAAUCCUCAAUCAUGCAUAUGCCACACAUGAGAAGUAAAAUUAUGGAAGGCAAUUUAGCUGUUAGCUGCCACAUUUGGUAGCAAUGCAGGUUGUUAGAAAGAAUUUGAUGCUACACAUACCGGUAGUAUUAAUGCAGAUUAUGGAGUUGCAGUCGAUGCCACAAGUUAUAGCAAUGCAGAUCAUGAUGGUAAAUUGUAUACCACAAGUUGUAGCAAUGCAAAUAAUAGAUGUAAAUUUGAUACCACAAACUGUAGCAAUGAAAAUUCUGGAGGAAAAUUGAUGCUACAUGCAAUGCAGAUUAUGAAAAAAAAAAUUAUCUAACUUUGAUUACUGUACACUAAAGUUUUUAAGAUGAAAAUAUUAAUAAUCGCUGAUCAAUACGGUAUACAGUAAGCAUUUAUACUGCUACAAGAGGUAGUAUAAUCUUCAUGCUACAAAAAAUAGCACAGGGCACCUUGUUGAAAUCAUUUCAUGAUAUGCUGAGCAUACUGGAUGCAACAUGUGAAUUCAAUCUAUAUUUAGAUUUCAUAAAAUGCAUUUGCAUAGAAUCGCAAAUUUUGAAAUUAAUUAAAUAAAAUAAUCUAAAGAUGCCUUUUCUUAUGUUUAUUUUGAAGUUGGUUAAAUAUAUAGGCACCAAGUACUCAAUUAUAUUUUGAUGAUUUUGACCAGAGUACAGAAGAAACUGUAUGCAAGAUAUAAAAAUGAUAAUAAUAAUUGAUUUAUUAAAAUUUGUUGAUAUUAAAA